CGGGAAUGAAGCAACAAAACUACGCGUCACGCAGAAAUUGAAACUGUGCCACAUUCUACGGUUCGCCCGAAUGAUUCCUGUUCCAGUUAUAAGACCGGGAUGAGAAAAUCCAAGAGAGCUACGCAUAAAUUCCGAGGCAACUGGACUCCUGCAAAUUAGAGGAGCUGGCAGCAAAUGACCGUCGGACCACUUGACCUACGAAAGCGUCGCUUGCGGUGUGUGCAAUGCGCAUCCAGUCAUCUCAAGUGUUCGGGUAAAAUCCCCUGCGACAACUGUACUCGACGAGGCAAGAAUUGCUGCCCGCCUACUCAAGACACGGCUAUCAAAGUGAGAGAUGGGCAGCGUGAAAAGGAAAACAGUGCAGCACAGCUGCCGAUGCCAUGCCCAUUGAUUCGACCUCUCGCGAUUGACACGCAGUCUCUCUAUGUGAUUGAAUUUUUCGACAAGUUCCUGGACCGCAACAGCUUCACAGGCAGACCAGGAUCUUCCUGCUCCACCUUCCACUCGAUCCUAGAGGACAAUCUGAGCUUGUCAAAUGUAGCCUCAGCCAUAGGUGCUCUACAGGUUUCUCGACUGCGUUCUGCGGGGUCCGCGCAAUGCACACGGGACGCCCUCGUUAACUAUCGCAACGCUGUGACUGCUCUGCAAUCAGAGAUUGAGUGUGUAGGGAGAUGUGACAUUGUCGGUCUUUCGUGGAGCACUCUGCUUCUGGGCUUAUUUGAGCUCAUGUAUGACACCACUGGGGAUGGAUGGAUUCGCCAUAUGCUGUAUGGAACAUCGCGGUUGCUCCAGCUGCUAUCUCCAGAGGGUUGCUCUCAUGGCGCCGGCAGGGAAUUCUACCUCGAAGCCCGCAUUUUCGAGAUUGCUCGAUCGAUGCUCUUCUCUCAAGAGUCAUUUUUGACAAUGCCACCAUGGAGGUCUCUGACCCAGAAGGUAUGGUUGGACUCAUAUGCAGGAGACUGGACUCCUUUUGAGGCUCUUCUAGACCUGGCGACCUUGGUGGCGGACCUCUGCAUUCGGACGACGAGCUUCAUUCGGUCCAAAGAGACACAUUCCAUCUCCGCGGCUGACUGUGACCAACUUCACACCUUCGCUAUGCAAGGCACUAUGUUGAAAACAGAAUUGACGACUUGGAGUCACAUGGCACGAGAAUGGUAUGGCACAGAUUCUGCAGCCGGCCACCGGUAUCUUUCUGCGGUAUAUUAUUCGGCAAUUUCAAUCUAUCAUUCAGGAACCUACGACUAUUCCAGUAUAUGGAGCCAAUCAGGUGUGGUCACUCCUUCUCUCGAUCCGUCAGAGGUUCAGCAACACGUUCGCACAAUCCUGGACGUCACCAUGCUCGCUAUGCGCCACACCAAUCUCAGUGGCGUAGUGUUUCUUGUUCCACUUCGGAUUGCUGGGGCUCGAGCCAGGUCGCCGGAGCAGAGGGCUCCAAUCAGUAGAAUGCUCUUCGACAUCACAAUACCUUUCCGAGCUGCCAAAGCCGUGAUGUCCGACCUUGAAGAAGUCUGGGCCACCUCAAUGAGUGACAAUUCAUAGAGGUAAAGUGCCAUGUCCAGUAACCAGGUGUUGAUUGUAUGCUAGCAAUGGAUGUCCAGCUCCCCAAAAGCCUUAGCCAAGUCCCAGACAGAGUAUCCUGCGAGUGCAUUCACCUCAACUAAACCUGGACUGCGAUACGAUUGGUGCAGUACUUGCGGAUUGACGGAAUAAACAAGCUGAGUACGCAUGCCACCGAGCCAAAUGCAAUGCUGGUAUACCAAACAUAACGCAGUGACUCUGCAAAGGCCCAUCGAGAGCCUAUUGUCGCAGCCUCAAUGAUUGUAGCAUUGACACCGGGAACCUUGGCAAUCUCCGCCGGUUUGGUUAAGAAUGUACCCACAAAAGCCUCUGCAUCUGCCACGGGGAGUCCGGCUUCGAUGGCAUACCUUGCAAUGUUUGCUGGCAGUCUUGUCUUUAACUUAUUGGAAAAGACGUUGUAAUAGAUACUAUAUCCAAUCGAACCCCCAACGGUUCGGACAGAUAGGGAGAGGGCGACCGCGGUACCCAAGAGCGAAUCAGGUACCACAAUCAUAGCGACUGUUGCCGCUGGAACCAAGAUACCGCCAACACCAAGUCCGGCCAAGGACCCUAUGGCAACAGUAGUGGUCGCGUUGAAGGGGGUUGCUACGGCCAAGGCUCCGUCAAGGGCGGCUACCGCAGAGUCUCAGUCAGGGCUAGCAGUUGAAUGAGGACUGACUUACUCAUGAUAGCUGAAG